AACGAUGGUUGGAUGACUGCGCUGUGGAAUUAACCAGGCGAAGACCAGAAAAGCCUGUGUCCGUUGGAGCGACGCUGCGUUCACUGUCCUGAUUAUUUGAAGCUGCAGAGGAUGUUUUAAAGUGAACACGGUCGGACGACCGAAGAACAUACAAACAAACCAGGAGGAUAUUAUUAUGGCUGUCCAAGCGAUUUGGCUCGUAGUGUUCGCCUUCACCAACUUGCUCCUGACUCAAGGGAACAACCGGCAUGCUGUGUAUUGGAACAGCUCCAACAUUCACUUGCGAAGAGAGGGCUACACCGUGCAGGUCAACGUCAACGACUACCUGGACAUCUACUGCCCGCACUACAACACAACCCACCGGGGGAUGCUGGAGCGCGGCGUGGCUGAGCAGUACGUGCUCUACAUGGUCAGCUACCGCGGCUAUCGGAGCUGUGACCCACAGAUGGGCUUCAAGCGCUGGGAGUGCAACCGUCCACACGCCCCGCAUGCUCCAAUCAAGUUUUCAGAGAAGUUUCAGCGUUACAGCGCCUUCUCGCUCGGCUACGAGUUCACCGUGGGUCAUGAGUAUUACUACAUAUCCACGCCCACCCAUCACCAUGGCCAUAGUUGUUUAAGAAUGAGAGUAUUUGUAUGCUGUUCUACAGUUUCCCACACUGACUCAGAACAGACUCCUCCUGACUACACAGACAGUCCCAACAUACAUGACAUUGAUGAGUUUAACCCCAAUAUUCCCAAACUGGAGAAAAGCGUCAGUGGCAGCAGUCCCUCUCGAGAUCGACUGUUGAUCACAGUCGCGACGCUUCUCCUCGCCGCUCUUUUCAUCUCCUAG